UCACGCGAGAACCAGAUAGGCUGUAAGUAUGUUGUGCAUUUAAAACUUCAGCAGGAAACUUGCAGUAGUCUCCAAGCAGGAAUAGAUUUGUAAUAAUGGGUUGUAAUCAGCCUUCCUUCUAAGGAAAAGCUGAGAACCUUCUCAUUUUACCUCAUGAAAAGUAAGCUAUGAGGCAACUUUUGGCAAACAUCUAUUAACUGGGUGAAAUGGGCCUCUCGCCCGAGAUUUUACUGCAGCUGCGUCUCUCCAGCACAACCAGCUCUUUCCUCUGCAGCUGAUUGGCUCUGGAAUGUGGCCAGAAACCUACUUCCUGCAAUUAAAGGAGUCAGGCCUCUAACUGCUGAUCUGUUUUCUUCUCUUCUGAGUGAUGGCGCUGACCAUUUUUAUCCUCCGGCUGGCCGUCUGCAUCCUGGCAUUUCCCGUGUACCUGCUGGACUUCCUGGGCCUGUGGAACUGGAUAUGCAAAAAAUCGCUCCCCUACAUCUUGGCAAGGUUUACUGUGAUGUACAACGAACGGAUGGCGAGCAAGAAGCAGGAGCUCUUCAGCAAUCUACAGGAGUUCGCAGGCCCCUCCGGGAAGCUCUCCCUGCUGGAGCUGGGCUGCGGCACAGGGCCCAACUUCAAGUUCUACCCGCCUGGAUGCCGGGUGACCUGUAUUGAUCCCAACCCCAACUUUGAGAAGUUGUUGAUCAAGAGCAUUGCUGAGAACCGACACCUGCAGUUUGAGCCCUUCCUGGUGGCUGCCGGGGAGGACCUGCACCAGGUGGCCGACGACUCCAUGGAUGUGGUGGUCUGCACACUGGUCCUGUGCUCCGUGAAGAACCAGGAGCGGAUCCUCCAGGAAGUGUGCAGGGUGCUGAGGCCGGGAGGAGCUUUUUAUUUCAUGGAGCAUGUAGCAGCUAAGCCUUCAACCUGGAAUUACUUCUGGCAACAGGUCCUGACUCCUGUCUGGUACCUUCUGUUUGAUGGAUGCAACCUGACCAGAGAGAGCUGGAAGGCCCUGGAGUGGGCCCGCUUCUCCAAGCUGAAGCUGCAGCACUUACAGGCCCCCCUGUCCUGGGAGCUCCUGCGCCCUCACAUCUACGGAUAUGCUGUGAAAUAGAAGUUGAAACCUGAAGGGCUCGAAUAAUUUAAGGUUUGGGUUUUACACUUAAAAUGCUAAUUGGGGGACUUCCCUCAUGGUGCAGUGGUUGAGAGUCUGCCUGUCAAUGUGGGGAACACAGGUUCGAUCCCUGGUCCGGAGGAUCCCGCGUGCCGUGGGGCAACUAAGCCCAUGUGCCACGGCUGUUGAGCCUGUGCUCUGGAGCCCACGAGCCACAACUACUGAGGCCAUGGAUACAACUGCUGAGGCCCGUGUACCUAGAGCCCCUGCUCACCACAGCUAGAGAGGGCCUGCACACAGCAAUGAAGAUGCAACACAGCCAUACACACACACACACACACACACACACACACACACACACACACAACUAAUUGGGAGAAGGGAACCCCCUUUUUAAGGUAAAUUUGAAUUUCAUCACUAAAAGUUUAUGUUAUAACCUAUUUAGCUAUUUUCUAUUGUCUGCCAAAGAAUCAAAAACAAAACAAAACAGCUUUGAACUCUCCCUUAAAGGAAACAAUGGGCUUUCAUAAUUGAAGUCCACCAUUAUCCUCAAACCUUACUUUAUUCAGUAACUUCAAAUUUUUUCUGUCUUAUUUAAAUUAUUACCCAACAGAUUUUAAUUUUACCUUCUCUUUGAGAGGUUGAUGCUAAUUAGCAGUUAAUCACUCAAAAGAAGACUUUGAAGAGGGAGACGUGAAAAGAUCUUUUUCUAUAAAAUUAAUUCAUUUUUUUAUCUUUGGCUGCGUUGGGUCUUCGUUGCUGUGCGUGGGUUUUCUCUAGUUGCAGCACACGGGCUUCUCAUUGUGGUGCCUUCUCUUGUUGCGGAGCACAAGCUCUAGGUACACAGGCUUCAGUAGUUGUGGCUCACAGGCUCUAGAGCACAGGCUCAGUAGUUGUGGCGCACAGGCUUAGUUGCUCCACAGCAUGUGGGAUAUUCCUGGACCAGGGCUCGAAUCCAUGUCCCCUGCAUUGUCAGGUGGAUUCUUAACCACUGCGCCAGCAGGGAAAUUCCAAAAAAAUCUUAAUAAUUCACAAAAUAAAUAAAGAAAUACUGACUAGUUGAAAACUCCAAACCUAAACAGCACAGAUUUUUUUUUUUAAAGAAAUCUGAAUCGGGGCCUCCCUGGUGGCGCAGUGGUUGAGAGUCCGCCUGCCGAUGCAGGGGACGUGGGUUCGUGCCCCGGUCUGGGAAGAUCCCACAUGCUGCGGAGCGGCUGGGCCCGUGAUCCGUGGCCACUGAGCCUGCGCGUCCGGAGCCUGUGCUCCGCUUCGGGAGAGGCCGCAACAGUGAGAGGCCCGCGUACCGCAAAAAAAAAAAAAGAAA